UUUUUUCCUCUUGAGUCAUACCAAUGAAUGCCAAAGACGGGGCCGGCACACCCAGCCGUACGGGCGGGGGUCCAUUGAACGCCCUUUUAAUGACUAGCCGAAUUGAUAAUAAGGGCGUCCGUUGUCUUGAUAUGUAAGCGCGGUAAAUAGCAAGUACUUAAAUCCAUCGCUCAUCGGUGUUAUUCGAGUAACAGAAUCAUUGAUCACAGAUAAUAAUUAUUGUUGUCAAGGAGAUUCCCAACGGCUGUCGCAGCUCGUCCGUCACCAUGCGUCACGCAUCCAGCACACCAACGGCGCUCGCCCUGAUUGAUAUCCAAGCGGGCUUCAAACAUCCUACCCACUGGGGGUCGUCACGCAGCACGCCGACAUUCGAAUCCAACGUUGAGAAACUUCUCGCAACUGUACGCAAAUACAACAACACCAUCAAGUCAAGCCCGGCUUCCCAAGAGCGUCGUCCAGUACUCGUCCUUCAUGUCCACCAUCAUUCCCUAUCACCUACCUCAGCCCUCCACCCAUCACACUAUCUAGAAGGAUCAUCAACGCCGUCCGUUGCGCCUUUGCCAUUCGCAGCGCCCCUCGCCUCGGGUUCAGAGCCCAUCUUUACGAAGAAUUUUAACAGCGCAUUUAUCGGUACCGAGCUUGAGGCGACGCUGAGGGCCACCGGUGUCCGGCAGCUUAUUGUGGCUGGCCUUACGACGGAUCACUGCGUGAGCACCACGGUGCGGAUGGCGGCCAACCUUCAGGUUCUGGGCGAGGCUGGAGGGGUAGACGGGAGUGGGGUGAUAUUAGUUCGGGAUGCGGUUGCGACUUAUGAAAAGAGUGGUUUUGAUGCCGAGACUGUGCAUGCUGUUAAUUUGGCUAGUCUGGAUGGGGAGUUUGCAAAGGUUGUCAGUACCGAGAACGUGUUGACGGAGAUAUUGGGUAGCAUAUGAUUCAAAGUACAAAAUAUAUGCAGCAUUGAUAAGUAGUCCUCAAUAAUCGACUUUUACCAGUCGUUGAACUUGAA